AUGGUACAGCAAUCCCUCCUCAUGACCUUAGCGAACGUGGCGCCUCGGGUUCCAGAACAAUCGGCUGGGCCCAUCGCUAAUCAGCCGGUGGCUCCUCCACCAGUGGCUCACGGCCAACCCCAGGAAGUGUGGGAUGUCGAUGCGGUCUCAAGGGACGCAUCCGACAUUGAGCCCUUUUUGGAGGAGGAGAGCACAGAGGCCGAGGUGGCAUCCCAGCACUCUGGGCAGGACGACCUUGAAGUGCUGGACACUAAUGACCCUAUGUGGCAAUGCAAGAUCACGGAGACCCACCUGAAAAAGGGAGGGAGCCCAGCGAACCAGGACCAGCCCAGAGACCAGGGGACCAGGACCAGCCUGGAGCCCAGGGGACCAGGACCAGCCCAGAGACCAGGGGACCAGGACCAGCCUGGAGCCCAGGGGACCAGGACCAGCCCAGAGACCAGGGGACCAGGACCAGCCUGGAGCCCAGGGGACCAGGACCAGCCUGGAGCCCAGGGGACCAGGACCAGCCCGGAGACCAGGGGACCAGGACCAGCCCGGAGACAAGGACCAGCCCGGAGACCAGGACCAGACUGGAGACCAGGGAACCAGGACCAGCCCAGAGACCAGGGGACCAGGACCAGCCCGGAGACCAGGGGACCAGGACCAGCCCGGAGACCAGGACCAGACUGGAGACCAGGGAACCAGGACCAGCCCAGAGACCAGGGGACCAGGACCAGCCCGGAGACCAGGGGACCAGGACCAGCCCGGAGACCAGGGGACCAGGACCAGCCCGGAGACCAGGACCAGACUGGAGACCAGGGAACCAGGACCAACCCAGAGACCAGGGGACCAGGACCAGCCCGGAGACCAGGACCAGGAGACCAGGACCAGACUGGAGACCAGGGAACCAGGACCAGCCCAGAGACCAAGGGACCAGGACCAGCCCGGAGACCAGGGGACCAGGACCAGCCCGGAGACCAGGACCAGACUGGAGACCAGGAAACCAGGACCAACCCAGAGACCAGGGGACCAGGACCAGCCCGGAGCCCAGGACCAGCCCGGAGACCAGGACCAGGGGACAAGGACCAGCCCGGAGACCAGGACCAGACUGGAGCCCAGGGGACCAGGACCAGCCCAGAGACCAGGGGACCAGGACCAGCACGGAGACCGGGACCAGCCCGGAGACCAGGGGACCAGGACCAGCCCGGAGCCCAGGGGACCUGGACUAGCCUGGAGCCCAGGGGACCAGGACCAGCCCGGAGCCCAGGGGACCAGGACCAGCCCGGAGACCAGGGGACCAGGACCAGCCCAGAGACCUGGGGACAAGGACCAGCCCGGAGACCAGGACCAGACUGGAGACCAGGGAACCAGGACCAGCCCAGAGACCAGGGGACCAGUACCAGCCUGGAGACCAGGGGACCAGGACCAGCCCGGAGACCAGGACCAGCCUGGAGCCCAGGGGACCAGGGGACCAGGACCAGCCCGGAGACCAGGACCAGCCUGGAGACCAGGGGACCAGGACCAGCCCGGAGACCAGGGGACCAGGACCAGCCCGGAGACAAGGACCAGCCCGGAGACCAGGACCAGACUGGAGACCAGGGAACCAGGACCAGCCCGGAGACCAGAACCAGCCCGGAGCCCAGGGGACAAGGACCAGCCUGGAGACCAGGGGACAAGGACCAGCCCAGAGACCAGGACCAGACUGGAGACCAGGGAACCAGGACCAGCCCAGAGACCAGGGGAGCAGGACCAGCCCGGAGCCCAGGGGAGCAGGACCAGCCCAGAGCCCAGGGGACCAGGACCAGCCUGGAGACUAGGGGACCAGGACCAGCCCGGAGACCAGGACCAGCCUGGAGACCAGGGGACCAGGACCAGCCCGGAGACCAAGGGACCAGGACCAGCCCGGAGACCAGGGGACUAGGACCAGCCCGGAGACCAGCGGACAAGGACCAGCCCGGAGACCAGGGGACCAGGACCAGCCCGGAGACCAGGGGACCAGGACCAGCCCGGAGCCCAGGGGACCAGGACCAGCCCGGAGACCAGGGGACCAGGACCAGCCCGGAGCCCAGGGGACCAGGACCAGCCCAGAGACCAGGGGACCAGGACCAGCCCAGAGACCAGGGGACUAGGACCAGCCCGGAGACCAGCGGACAAGGACCAGCCCGGAGCCCAGGGGACCAGGACCAGCCCGGAGCCCAGGGGACCAGGACCAGCCCGGAGACCAGGGGACCAGGACCAGCCCGGAGCCCAGGGGACCAGGACCAGCCCAGAGACCAAGGGACCAGGACCAGCCCGGAGACCAGGGGACUAGGACCAGCCCGGAGACCAGCGGACAAGGACCAGCCCGGAGACCAGGGGACCAGGACCAGCCCGGAGACCAGCGGACAAGGACCAGCCCGGAGACCAGGGGACCAGGACCAGCCCGGAGACCAGGGGACCAGGACCAGCCCGGAGCCCAGGGGACCAGGACCAGCCCAGAGACCAGGGGACCAGGACCAGCCCAGAGACCAGGACCAGCCCGGAGCCCAGGGGACCAGGACCAGCCCAGAGACCAGGGGACCAGGACCAGCCCAGAGACCAGGACCAGCCCGGAGACCAGGGGACCGAAUUUUGUUGUUGCGUAAGUCAGGUGACCUUUUUGAAUACCUUGAGUACACGCUUUUCUGA